GAUAUCAAACCUACAGCUCAGCGAACAAACCUACACCCAUAUAACUGAUGCAGUGAAUCUAAUACCUGCCUACUUUUCCAACAGGGAUGUGAUUUCUGUCAGCAGUGGAGAAACUAAGCUCCCCACAGAAACUGAGUCUCUGAUUGCUACCGAGAGUGACAUAGAUCUCACGGCUCAGCUUGUGCCCUCUGGUGGGCUGCAGAGUCACCCCUGUGUGACCACCCAUCCCAUCAGUGAGACUGGGGCACAGGCCGACUGCAAAUUCAAGUACACUUUCUCAUGUAGACCCUGCAUUUACACAGAAGCUGUUCCGAUACUCUCAAUCCGAUCGAGUGACUACAAAAUCCCUCACAGUCCCACUGGCCAUGACUCUUCAAAGACUCAAUAUGAAGAGAUACCUAGUCGAGGCACCGGCUUUGUCAAGAGCUUAGCAUCCAGCACAAUCCCCUUCAGUUUAGGGACAAGUCCCAACCCAGGUCUGGUAAAAGGCAGUCUCAGUGCUGGGAAUGUACAAGGUUCAGGAGGACAGUUAAUUGGGGCCAGACAUGACAACACCAUGGACAGUGAUGACAGGGCACUUGUGCAAGUGCCCACCUCUGAGACUGAGUCAAACCAGAAUGAAAGCUUCACCAAGGAGCCUGAGAGGGCUGGGAUUUUCUCCUCAGCUCCCAAGUUUGAAGGUUGGUUGGUGGGAGAAAACGAGGAGGAUUUAUAUUUUGAAGCAGGUGACUGCGAUGGAGUCGACCUGUACACUGAUCCAAAUAAAAAGCCAGUUGGAGGGACAGAGGAAGUUUGUGAAUCCCAGGAUUUACCAUCUACAUUUUCUGGGGAUUUGGCCUGUCAAGAAAACAGCAAUGACUCGAUAUCACAAUCGUUAGCAGACGUGGUCCAUUUAGACUGGCCUGACACACCCAGCUUAUUGAGAGAAUACAAGGCGUCACAGCAAGAAGAGACCACGAAGAGGAAGAACAAUCUGCCUUUCUGUUUAUCUAACCCAUUCAUCAGGAACUCCAUUGCAAUAGCCUCCCACAGGCUUAGCAGGGAACUCACCACUCAAGUUCUGGAUGAGUUAAGACAAACAUUCAUUGAGGGCUUUUUGGACAAUGGUCAGUAUUUUGACUUGUUGGAUUCAGGACUUGUCCUGUCAAAUCAAGAGAGGGAGAACCUUGUGGACAGGGUAAUUGUUACCAUGCGAGAUGGAGCCAGGCUGGCACUGAGGCCAGCCAAACACGGAAACAUCAGUUACUACUGGCCCUGUGUGGACUUUCAUGUAGUCCAACAUUUGGGGAGCAACUGGUUCCGAGUGAAGGACAAGACAACACGGCAACUUCUGAUGAUGAAAAAGGUGUCAGUUCUUUCAGACUGGCAGAAGAGACUCCAGAACUUCUUGAGACUGCAGCCGGAUGCGACCAUGCUUAUGCCUUAUGCUGUGAUGUGUGACCGCACCGGAUCAAUACUUUAUUUAACACAGGAUAGACCUGUGAUUGGAUUUGGAAGACCAAGAGAAAUUGCUCUUGACCACAGAAAGAUCUUCAAACGAUGCGUAAGGUUCCUGACUUUUUGCUGGCAUUGUGGUCUUCAUCCUGGGGAUUUUGAUUCCAAUGUUGCCUACAGCAGAGAGAAUAUUUACUUUGACCCUACAAGUUUAACUGGACUGGAAGACCUAUAUACCUUUAACAAGAGCUUGAAGGCUGCCUACACCCUGCUGUUUGAGAUUGGGUGUCAGGAUCUCUCAUUUGAUUCAUUCCUGGAUAUAAUUUGGCAGAGUGGAGAGGAACAGCACGCACUUUCUGAGAGACAUCGGCUGUUGCCAAUCUGCCCAGGGGUGCGCCAGGGCCCUCUCGAUGUCCAAGGAUUUGGAGACUGAACGUAUGUGGAAACACUCUUCAGUGGCUAUGAGCGAGCAGAGCACCAGCCCUCUUCCAUUCUGUACAUUGACUUUGCGAUUAGAUUUCCAGAUCAAAUCACCUCAUUUGAGUGUUUGGAAUUGUACCAAGAGAAUCUCUAGUUCCCCACAGCAUGUGUGCAUUUAUUUCUGGGAUCCCAAUUAUCCAAUCUUAGUCCCUUUCAUUUCUCUCAUUUGGAUGGUUGCUGUGAAAACACUUGGUACAGCUCUGUGUCCACCAAAGAUUCGCUUUAUCUUCCUACCUUGCUCUCUCUACUGCGUUUGUGACAUAAAAUACUCAAAGUAUCUAGUCUUUGGCUCUCCAUUCGCUAGACAUUUCUGUAGAUUCUGAACUCUGACCUCGAAUUUUGAUAUCCAUUACUCACUCUCACCCUGGACCCACGACCCCAUAAGUCCAAGUGAUACAGAUUUGAAAGAAAAUAACAGAAAACUGGUUUAACCAUCCAUUGUCAGAAAAUAGCAUGGCCUUUCAAAACAUUAUCCAACUCUACACGUAUCUGCACAAACUGUCCAUUCUUCUAGGUUCACCCUAGGAAUAUGCAAAAAUAAGCCUGGCUUGUAAACUGCCUUGUUAAACCCCUUACAUGUGACCCCACUUCGACCUCACUCUGACCCCAUCAGCCUCACUUCCAAUAACAAGUGUGAAGAGCUCAUGGAGAUUCUUUAUGACUAAAAUCGAGACAGCCCAAUCACCUGUCUCAGCCAUGUCCUUUCCUCACACUCACCCUCCUGACCAAACUCCCUCCAACUCAUCACCCCCCUCCCCCCUCCCCCCCCCCAACCAACCACUCAACCCUGAAUUCACAUUCUUCUCUAGGUUCCCUCUUCUUCUCCUUCUCUGAGCUCAACCUGUCCAUUACACCUGCCUCAUGUUCCCUCGAUCCUUGUCACCUGACUUCCCCUUAUAGCGCCCCUGUUUGCCAAUAUUGUAAGCACAUCUGUCUUCAGAUUGUUGUCCCUCUCCCUUAACCUGCCAAACUCACUCCCAGUUCACAAAACCAACUCUUGACCCUUUCAGUUUGCAAACUAGUGUCCCACCUCCAACAUCCCAUUCCUCACCAAGGUCCUUAAACACGUUGCUGACCCCAGAUCCGUCCUCAGAUUUCCUGGAAUUCAGUCUUUGAAUCCCUCCUGUCAGGUUCCUGCCCCUGCCUCAGUACUGAAAUGCUUCUCAGCAAUGACAUUCUGAGUGACUGUGACUUGUCCUGACACAGCAACUACACCAUCCUCCUCCAACACUUCUCUAUUAUCAUCAGCCUGGAGGGAAUGCUCUCACCUGGUUCCAUCCUUAUCUAAUCCUAGCAGUGAAUCACUUACAAUGUUUUCUCUUUCUGCUGCUUCUACCUUUGAUUUAUUCUCUUCUAGCUCUGAUUUACACGCUGUCCCUCUGAGACAUUUGUAUCCAAAUGACCAGCACUACUUUUCGUAUGUAAGUUGACAACACCUCAGAAUCACUGCUUUUGAUUCCUCUGUUGUUGAUAGAUUAUCAGACUGCUUUACAAAUUGUUUUUCAAGGGCUGUGGGCAUCGCUGGCUAGGCCAGCAUUUGUUGUCCUUCCCAAUGCCUAUGCUACAAGAUGAAUGGAAACUUCCUUAAAAUAAGCAUCAUGAAGACUUUGAUUCCAAUUCCAAACUCCACUCCUGAACUACUGCUUCCACCCCUUUCCAGAGCAAGAGUCUGAGAUUAAGCCAUUUUGUUCACAACAUUGCGGUCACAUGUUGCGAAUCAUCAGCUGCUGAAAACAUUCAUGUUCAUAUGCAAGACCUGGACAAUAUUCAGGCACUAACUAAUAAACAGCAAGCAACAAUUGUGCCACACAAAUGCCAGGCAAUGACCAUCUUCAACAAGAGAGAGGCAAUAGCCUGGGAGUUACCAUUGACUGAACUAGCCAUAUAAAUAUGUAUACAUACAAGUCAGAGGCUAGGGAUUUUGUAGGGGUUAAAUUAAUUCCUGAUUUCCCAAAGCCUAUCCAUUGUUUAUAAAUCACAAGUCAGGACCGUGAUGGAAUACUCUGUACUUGCCUGGGUGAAUGCAGUUUCAACAACACUCAUGAAUUUGACAUCAAAUCAGCCCAAUUGAUUGGCAUCACGUGCACAAACGUUCACACCCUCCACCACUAAUGCACAGUGGCAACAGAAUAUACCAUCUAUAAGAUGUGCUGCAGUAAGUCAUGAAGGCUUCUUUGACAAUUGUUUUCAAUCAGUGUAUCACCUAGAAAGACAAGACCGCGAUCAUGGCUGACAUGCUCCUCACCCCCAUUUUCCUGCCUUCUCCUCAUUACCCUUCAACUUAUUCCAAUUAAAAAUCUGUCUACUCCUAAAUUUACUCCCUCAGAGGACUUAUACACAAAGCUGACAGAGGGUUUGUCCUUCACAAAGUUGCACAGAAGUCAUGCAUACCUGCAAUGGCAGUUAGAUGAGGAUCCCCAGAAGUAUAUUACAAUUAAUACCCAUAAGAAAAAAAAAGAAAAAAAAAGAAAGAAAGACAAGACCGGCAGAUACAUGAAAGCACUACACUGCCAAGUUCUCACCCAAGUUACACACCAUCCUAACUUGGAAAUGUGUCACAGUUACUUCAGUGUCACUGGAUCAAAAUUUGAGAGCUCUUCCCUGAACAACAUUGUAGUUAUCCCUACAUGGAUUGCUGUGGUUCAAGAAGGCAGCUUCCACUAUUUUCUCAAGGCUGACUAAGGAUGGCCAUUAAAUACCGAUCUUGCCAGCAACACCCACAUCCUGUGCAAGAAUCAGCAGAAACAUUUGACCGGACAUGAACUCUGAAAUUUGUAGUUGGGCCAUCACACACUGCCUAUUUUCACCUCCACAAUAUUGUCCAGUUUCACCUCCAUCUCACUUCAUCUGUGUCUGAAACCCUCAACCAUGUCCUUUUUACCUCCAGACCCAAGCAUUCUAAUGCAUCUUGGCUGGUUUCCACAUUCUAUCCUUUGUAAACUUGUGGCCAUCCUAAGUCCUUUGGCCUUAAAUGCACCUGCUGAACUGUCUCCCUGUGCCAACCUGCCUACAUUGGUUCCCAGUCAACAACGUCUGGAUUUUGACGUUCUUCUAAUUUUACAUCACUCCAUGGCCACACCCUUUCUUAUUUCUAGAAUCUCUUCCAGUCACAGAACCCUGUGUGCUUCUCCAAUUCUGGCCACCAUGAGCAUCUCCACUUGUAUGUUGUAUUCACUCCAACAUGCAUGGCUGUGCCUUCAGUUUACUGGGAUUCAAGUUCUUGAAUUCCCUCCCUCCAUCUCUUUGCCUUUCUCUCCUUUAAGAUGCUUCUUAAAACCCACCUUUUUCACUCAGCUUUUGAUCACUGACUUAAUAUUUCUUUAUGUGGCUCAGUGUCAUAAUUUGUUUCAUAAUGCUCCUGGAAAUACAAUGGGAACUUUUUAUUAUGUUACAGGUGCUAUAUAUAUAUGCUGUAAACCAUAGUAUAUUACUGAAUCUUACUGCACUGAAGGGGACCAUUCAAUCCAUCAUGAUUGUGCUAUCCCAUUUCUCCUUUUCCCCCUGCUCUGCUCUUUUUGCAUUAUGCUUGUUUUCCUCCUUCAAAUAUUUCUCUAGUUCCUUUCUGAAAGUUAAAUACAGAAUCUGCUUACACUGAUCUUUAAGGCAGUGUGUUCCAGAUCAAAGAAUAUUUCCUAUCUUCACUUUUAUCCUUUAGCCAAACACUGUCAAUCUGAUCACCAACCCACCUGCCGCCGGAAGCAGUUUCUCCUCAGUUAACCUAUCAAAAACCAUUGCUGAUUUUGAACAUCUGAAUUAAAUCUCUUGGAUCAGCUCCAGUUUCUCCCGUGUCAAAUGUCUCAGUGUCUUCUUUCCUGUGAUCCUGAGUCUUUAUGCACCUUCUCUUCAUUUACUUUACUGGAGGCAACUGUGCUUUUAGCUACCUCUGCCAUAUUCUGUGGACUGCCAUCCCUAAACUUCCACUUCUGCUUUAACUUCUUUAAGAUGUUCUUUAAAGCUGAUCUCUUUGACUGAGCUUUGAUUACCACUCUCUGAGUCUGACCUGGUGUCCACCUCUUUGAGAACAAACCUUUUUGAAGCAUCUAGGAUGGUUUUCUCUGUUUAAGGUUGUAUAUAAAUUCACCUUGCUGUCCCAGCCUGAUCAUGCAGGCCUGUAAUUAACUCCUUCAUUACCAAUUUGCGCUGUGUCAGCCGAUUUGUUGAGUAACAGUCUUGACUCUGAGUUCAAAUCCUUUGAACUGGGUUCUGUUUUCAAUGCCAACAUUCCCAGUGCAUUAGGUGAGAGGGUAUCGUAUGCUCAGACAGUCACCACUGUGGGAGUGCUG